AUGGGGAUCAAAGAUAUGAAAGAAUUAAAGUGGCCUUCAAGAAUGAACUCGCCCCCUGACACGAGAGAUAGGAACAAGUAUUGUGAAUUUCACCGAGAUCAUGGGCAUACCACGGAGGAUUACACAAAUAGUGGGCGAAAGCAGUAUGCCCACCAACAUGCUCAUAUCCCAAGGGAAUCCCGUGAUAAAGUCAAAGACAUCACCUUUGAAGCAAGAGAUUUGGAAGGAAUAUCAUAUCCUCAUGACGAUGCCUUGGUCCUCUGUGCGGUUGUGGCUAACUUUGAAGUAAAGAGGAUUCUGGUUGAUAAUGGGAGUGCAGCAAAUAUACUCUUGGAAGAGACUUUCGCCAAAAUGGGGAUCUUUCCCAAACAGCUCAAAGCAGUAAAAACUCCUCUACAGGGAUUUGGUGGUAGAGUCAUUAUCCCUGAGGGCAUCGUCGAGCUCCCACUUACAUUAGGUUCUGGUAAUACACAAAUGAUAGAGAUCACACCAUUCCAAGUGGUUAAUACCCCAGUGGCCUACAACAUCAUUCUGGGAAGACCCCUACUGAAUAAGAUCCAAGCUAUUGUAUCAACUUUCCACCUGGCCAUGAAGUUCCUUACAGAUCAUGGCAUCGGAGUAGUUCGAGGAGACCAAACAGCUGCCAGACAGUGCUAUGUUACUAGCAUCCGAGGAAUGAGUACAGACGUCAUGCAACUUUUAGACUUCGAGCUCGAACCAAGGGAUAGAUUGGGCCCCGUUGAGGAAUUGGAAGUGGUCGAGCUCGAGCACGGGAAAAUGGUGACUAUUGGUCGAGAUCUCAAGGCCAGCCUCCGGGAGGAAGUCUUUAAUUGUCUGUCCUAUAACAUCGAUAUUUUUGCCUGGAAGGUCGAAGAUAUGCCAAGGAUAGACCUUGAAGUAGCAGUCUAUAGACUCAAUAUAAGCCCAGGGGCCAAACUUGUUAAGCAAAGGAAGAGGCGGUUUGCGUCGGAAAGACGUGUAGUCAUUCAGAAAGAGGUCGGAAAACUUGUAAGAGUGGGGUUCAUAAGGGAAGUCCAAUACCCCGAUUGGCUCGCUAAUGUUGUUCUUGUAAAGAAGGCCAGUGGUAAAUGGAGGGUCUGCAUUGACUUCACAGAUCUCAAUAAGGUGUGCCCUAAAGACAGUUACCCGCUACCCAGGAUUGACAAUCUUGUGGAUAACACAUCCGGACAUAAGCUGUACAGUUUCUUAGAUGCAUUCUCAGGGUAUCAUCAAAUCCUCAUGGCCGAAGAAGACCAAGAGAAGACCUCAUUCAUGGCUGAUUCAGCCAUAUAUUGCUAUAGGGCAAUGCCAUUUAGGUUGAAAAAUGUUGGGGCAACAUAUUAG